CUGGCACGCCAGAUGAGCUCAAACAAGAGCUAAUUGACACCUACAUUCGGCCCGAACCGGCAACCAGCCUCCCCUUUUAUCAGGGUUCGGACAAUCCUACCUUAGACGCUCCGAUCACUUUAGCUGAAGUCCGAGCAGAACUUAAUCGCCUUAAGACCAACUCAGCAGCAGGCCCCGACCGCAUUUCUAACUCAAUGCUUAGGAAUCUAGACGACGCCUCUAUUCAUGCCCUCACCGACUACCUUCAAGAAUGCUGGGCCAGCGGUACCAUUCAGAAAGAAUGGAAGUGCGCCGAUCUAGUCUUUAUUCCUAAGCCGGGAAAACCACCCACCUUGGCCAACCUCCGCCCCAUUUCUAUCACUUCCUAUGUGGGGAAGUUGAUGGAACGCGUGAUCCAGACUAGACUCCUUCGCUACCUCGAAGACAACCACCUCCUACCAGACACGAUGUUCGGCUUUCGCCCUCAUCUAGCAGCGCCGGACGUUAUGCUUCUUCUUCAUCACCAGGUCGUCACGCAACGCACCCUUGACACAAAAGUCAUUGUUGGUCUCGAUGUUGCCAAGGCUUUCGACAACGUCCUCCACGAAGCGAUUCUUCGACAACUACAGACCCUUGGCGUCGGACAUCGUACGUAUGCAUACGUGCGAGACUUUCUCACCGACCGAAAAAUAAAACUGGGCGUCGGCACGGCAAAUUCCUGCAUCGUCUCUCCUGGCAACCGCGGCACACCACAAGGCUCCGUUCUGUCACCGCUGCUUUUUAACGUCGCACUGAUAGGACUACCUAAGCUUCUGGCAGACAUCCCCAACUUACACCACAGCCUGUAUGCUGACGAUCUGACUCUUUGGAUCACGCAGGGCAGCGACGGCCAGAUCGAAGAGGCUCUCCAGACCGCCAUCGAUCGUGUCGGUAGGUGCCUCGAUACAGUUUGCCUUAGCUGUUCGGCGACUAAGUCAGAGUACAUCAUCAUCCCGUCCCCAGGACGACGUGCACCAAAGGUACUUCCUGAGAUGCACCUCCAGGUCCAAGGUAACCCCAUCCCUCGAACGGAUCACAUCAGGAUUCUAGGCCUGCACUUACAGGCAAACGGCAGCAAUACUAUUUCGCUCCAACGCAUCGACCAGUCGGUUGUACAGAUCGGACGCCUUCUCAAGCGAGUCUCCAACAAACACCGAGGUAUGCGAGAGUCCAACCUCCUGCGCCUCGUCCAAGCCUUCAUCUGCUCCCGCAUCACCUACUCUGCACCUUACCUACGUCUCACCCGCGCCGAAAGCGAACGGCUAGAGACGACACUUCGUAAAGCAUACAAAACGGCCCUGAGUCUUCCCAUGUCCACAGCCACUCACAAUCUUAUGGCUCUCGGCAUCACCAACACAGUGAGCGAGCUCAUUGAAGCUACCCUCACCGCCCAAUAUGAGCGGCUGACACUCACACACGCCGGCCGAGCGAUACUGCAGCAAAUUGGGAUCUCACCAACGAGGGCGGCCCCCAACUAUGCAGACCUCACACCAGAAUAUCGUCGAAGUAUCUGCAUCCCUCCCAUUCCCAAGCGAAUGCAUCCGGAACACCACGCCGAGAGACGGGCCGACCGGGCACGUCAGUUCGAGAAGCGCUUCAGCGGACGUCCAGACGUCACGUAUACGGACGCCUCUUACCACCCCUCGAAGCCAGCGAUGGUGGCGGUGGCCCUCGCCCCCUACCGUAGCUGGCACACAGCAUGCAGCAUUCGCAAAACAGAAACGGUCACCGCAGCAGAAGAGGUUGCCAUCGCGCUUGCGCUAGCUGACCCUACUACCAAAGUUGUCAUCAGUGACUCUCAACAAGCCAUCCGCAACUACGAUGCCGGCCGCAUCUGCCGCCAGGCAUUACACAUUAUAAAUUCUGCUCCCCCCUCUUCUACAUCCCGUUUACUCCUUUGGGCUCCAGCCCACGAGUCGUUGAGCGGGAACGCCCAGGUGCACACACUCGCCCGAGAUCUUAGCUGCCGAGCCGAGUGUAGGGUUCACCGCGCCGCUUCCCCUGAUACAACUAUGCCGCGCGACUCACUACUCACCACUUAUACGGACAUGCUCCAGUAUUACCGACUCGGAAGAUGCGUAUACCCCCCUGCACACCACGAUCUAACAAGACGUGAGGCCGUCCAAUGGCGCAAACUACAGACAGGCAGCUUCCCACACCCCCUCUUAUACAGCAGAAUCUUUCCGGAACGGAUAGCGCCAAGGUGCAAACAUUGCUCAUAUCCGGCGACACUCACACAUAUGGUGUGGACGUGCACGCACUACAACACAGACAACACAAACACUCCAGAGUCGUGGGAGUCCCUCUUGCGUACCUCCGAGCCAGAAGACCAACGCCGGCUCAUCCAGCGCGCGGUGGAGGCUGCGGUAUCCCAAGGGAUCCCCGCCGACCUCCUCUGAAAUAGCGCAACCAGUCUUCGUACUGGUCCCCUC